UGAGACGCGACCCGUCGUCUGCAGUCUCUGGAUUUGAUGAGCACAGCAGCUACCAAGCAGCCGCUGUAAUGCGGCCGAAUCUCCAGGUGAGACGGAUCGAUAGACAGAGAGGCGCCUAGGGGUAGGCCGGUUGAUGAAGUAGGGAAGUGUGUCGGUCGGCUAGAGUCUGGCUUCUGUCGGAUUGGAUUCGAUUGGAUUGCGUUGGAAGCAGAAGGAAAAGAGGGGAACAAGCGUCGCGUUAUGCAAACAGGCAGUCCAUCACCUCGAAAGACCCACCAGCUCGUCGCUCAUGUUGGCCUUCCAUGAAGAAACAGAGUGAGAGGUGGCAGGAAGCGAAUGGAGGCGGCGGAUGGAGGGAAAGAAAGGAGAGAAGAGAGGGAAGGGUUGGCAGUCAAGAAAUUCCAUGCCCGGAAGCAGCAGUGCGCACGCGGGCAACAUUGGCCAGCUGAAGUCGGCAGGGACUAGAAGGCCAGAGAGCCCUUUAUCUCCGUUGGCAGGCUCCAAGUCGCAGGGUGGUCUGGCGCUGGCACUGUGUCUGCCACGGAACCCGCUGCGCGUGAACUUGGCAGACUCGUGGCGGUCGCAGACCACGUCGAAGUGCUGGGUGGGGGCAGCUCAGUCCUGA